CUCCUAUUUCUACCCAAUCUGAUCCUGGCCCAAGACUUUCUAUUCAGGGUAGUCAGUAUUCAAAAAAGAGGUUGAGGAAGGAGUUUCACAGGUUUAGUCGUAAUCUUAGACAACAUUUGUUAUGUGGCUUCUUUGCCAAGAGGGAUAAUGGUAGUGAUCAGAGGAUUGAUGAAGAAUUACGGGAGGAAAAUUCAAGUCAGGCUCAUACUGUUGCUCAGCCACAGGUUGGUUCAAGCUCCGCACAUCCAAAUGGGUUAUAGGAAGCUGUCCUUGAUCAGCUUCCCCAACAACCAUGAGGAUUCUCAGUUGGAAUUGCAGGGGUUUGGGCAAAUCCUCUGCAAUUCGACAAUGUCAGAAAAUUGCCCACGAGUCUCGGCCUGAUAUUUUGUUUUUAAUGGAGACUCGACUUGUGAAGGACAGAGGCAAGUUGAUAUGGGAAAAAUGUGGCUUUUCUGAGGGUUGGGAAUUUCCUAGGACUGGCUUAAGUGGUGGGUUGCUGCUUGCUUGGAUGCCAAAACAAUGCCUCAUCAUCAAAUACGAGUCUAAGCACCUUGUUCACGCUGAUCUUGUUGAUAACAGAGGUAUCAUGAGAUCUAUCAAAAGCAUUACUGUACUGAGCAUAGGAUAUCUAGGCAGAAAAUUAUGGAGCAAGGGUUUCAAGGGCAAUGGAGCAUCAUCCUCAAGAUUUCUGGUGUCAAGCAUAGAAAAAAGAAAAGAGCUGCUUUUGCUUAUGAGGCUAGGAACAGGCAGGGUACAGUGGUGUUCUACGGAUGCAGCAGCAGUGCCGCUAACUCAGUCCCAGUUUGCUUUGCUUGAAGGUCUUAGAGAAGCAGCUGUAACAGCUUUUAGGCUUCAAUACAACCAGAUUUUGGUUUUGAGCAAUUGUAAUUUUUUGGUUCAGUUGUUUAACACAGGCCAAGUACCGGAUUGGGAAGGAAAAACCUUGUUUGCUGAUCUGCAGUCCUUAAAGCAAAGGGGUAUUUGUCUUUCCUUCCGUUGGAUCCCUGCUUUUGUGCUUGUUAAUGUAUAUAAUAUGGCUGCUAUGGCCUCCAGUGCUCCCAUGCACUUUCAAUGGCCACAGCACCUAACGUUGUAGUGCUCUGU